CUCUAUAUCCUCCACUAAUCUAUUCAUAGAUGCGCGAUGUCCAAACUUUCAGUAAAAUUAGGGUUUCCCAUCUGAAAAAUUGAUCACCUUGUGCUUGAUUUGUGUUUGAUUUUGCAGGAAGUUCGAGAAUUGGAGACCCUUAAGAGUAUGGAAAAUUGCAUGUCUGAGGUAAGAACCAUGGGUUUUUUUUUGGUGAGUAUGAUUCUAUGGAAAGAGGCUAAUUUGGUAGUUUACGACUAGAAUUUUGAGAUAGUUCGAAAUGGUUUUGAUGUUUUCGAGGCUUGAUUAUUUUGGUACUGUACAGUGGAGAAAUAGUGGUUUGGAAUUUGGAAUUUGCUUUAUUUGGGAAUAAUUACAGUUGUUAUUGAGCUGAGAAUAAUGGGAGUUGUUUAAUUGGGAACUUGAGUGUAUGUUGUAGGAAAAAAAAUUGUUAUUCGGGAUAGGGAUGAGCUCUUUAUGAGAAAAAUUUAUUGGGUUCUAUAGAUAAGAGUAAAGACAAGAGAAAUUGAUGGUCCGGUAAUAAAAGUUUGGUGUUUGUUGGGACAAUUUUGUGCCAUUUGGGGGUGGAAUAAAUGGGUUUUGUUUUUUUCCUGAAGUUAAUUUCGCUAGAUUAGGAUACCUGGCUGGAUACUUAUCUGGUUAUUGAUCUUGUGUGCUUGGAUGGAUGACACUGAGGAUGAUGCGUGGUAUCCCCCAAAUGCUAAUGGGCUGAAUGAGGGUUACGGGUCAUCACAUCACCCGAAGGUUCCUGUUCGGGACUCUACUUAUGCCGAGGAAGAGGAUGAUGAUGAUGAAGAAGAAGAAGAAGAAGAAGAAAAUGGUGUUCAGGAGGUAGGCAAAGAUGAUGAUGAUGGUGGUGGUGAUGAUGAUAGUGAUGAUGUCGAGGAUGAGGAUGAUGAAUAUAAUGGGAGGAUUGGAGAUGGUGAUAUACAAAGGCACCAUAAGAAGAGGAAGCUGAGAAGCUUGUUAUCAAGUUAUGAAUUUGCUCCUCGAGUACCACCACCAUCAAUGGCAGCUGCAUCGGCAUCAAAGCCAUCAUUUGGUGGACGUAAUUCACUCACAGAUUGGACGGAACAUGAGACAUUUAUUCUACUAGAUGCUUGGGGUGAUAGGUUUCUCAAAGGUGGGAGGAAGAGUCUUCGGACUGAGGAAUGGCAGGAAGUUGCAGAGAAGGUUUCGCAGGAGUCAAAGAUUGAAAGAACAGAGACCCAGUGUCGAAACCGUUUAGAUACACUGAAGAAGAAAUAUAAAAAGGAGAAGAUGAAGUUAGGAGAGAUUGGAAGUCCCUCCAGUAAAUGGGUAUAUUUUAAGAAGAUGGAUAUGCUAAUGUCCUCUUCCCAGCAAGAGGCAGGCCUUUCAUGUGGAGUGGACUCGGGGGAGUAUAUUUUCAUGAACCCUAGAGUCUAUCUAAAUCGUGCGAAUGGGUUAGAUGAGAUGAGGGAUAGCCCGGGGAAUUCAGAAUCUGCAGAUGGUGAGGAAGAUGAUUCAAAUGGGAUCCCACUCAAAAGGGCAAGGAAUGGUGGUCGAGAGAGAGGUGAUGGAACUUCCUUCAGAUUGCUUGCAGAUUCCAUUAAAAAAUUUAGUGAGAUAUAUCAGAAGAUUGAGGACAGUAAGAGACAGCAGAUGCUAGAACUCGAAAAGAUGAGGAUGGAUUUCCAUAGAGAGUUGGACUUGCAAAAGAGGCAGAUUCUGGAGAGAGCACGGGCUGAGAUUGCAAAAAUACAUCAAGUAGAUGAUGAAGAGAAUGAGAUUUCCGCAGAGAAUAUUAGUGGGUGAUGUGUCUGAACCUUGUUUUCUUUCUUUACUCUUACUACCUGUAUUGGCUGCAUGCCAUUGUUGUAUUGUAUUCUGGAGCAUAUUUCCUCUUCCACUCUUUAUUUGUUAGGCAAUAAAACUGAUGUGAUGAAGGAAUGUAUAUGUUAAUAUUAGUUGAAAUGGUAGAUACAAUAAAACUUCUAAGAUGAUUUUCUUUUC